CGCCUCCUCCUCCUCCUGCUGCUGCUCGGUUGAGUCCUGGGAGACCCGAUCACUUUACAGGCGAUCAUUGUUCCCAAAGUGAAAAACAAGCGCCACUCUGAGCUGGGCGCUCGCUGCUGGCGCUGCUGCUUGCUCCGGAGAGGACCCAGACAUGCCUCCUGCUGCGGCCCGCGCCUGGCACCUGCGGGCGGCGCUCCUCUGCGCCCUGAUUUGCGCGCACGGCGGGUUCCCCAGCCAGGCAGGAGAAUGCAAAGAAUUGGAGUCAUGUGACAAGUGCAUUGAAGGAGAUUCUACUCUGAACAUCACAAACUGCGUGUGGAUGCACUGCCGAGAGUCUGAGGAGAAGCCAGGUUCCGGUAGCUGUGUUGUGAAGGGAGAGCCGGCCAAGGAGAAGUGUCUCUUUUACAAUGUCACUACCAGUUGUGAAGCAUCUGAAACAACCACCAAGCAACCUCCACAGCCAACCACCAAAGAGCCUCCAAAGCCAUUCACGCUUGGCACAACGGCCAGCCUUCCGCUAACUGACUCCCCGGAGUUCCACCCGCCAGGAUUUGACUCUGCCAGCUUCAUCGGGGGAAUCAUCCUGGUGCUCAGCCUCCAAGCCGUUGUAUUUUUCGUGGUGAAAUUCCUCAAGGCAAAGGACAGCACCUAUCAGACACUGAUCUGAUGGCUGAACUCCAAGGAGCUGCCUUGAUAGCGUUUCUCUUGCUGGAGGAGUUGCUGAAGAAGAGGAGGCUGCCUGUGGCCGCAUUAGGAGCCAGGACUCUUUCCCCCUCUCUCUUCUUCAAAUGGAGCUGCUGAAGUGAGAGGUCUGUCUGUUCCAGACCUAAACUGCCUGUUGUCACGAUGGGUGAUGCUUGGCUCAGAUACCUGGACCCUUUAGACUUGCUGCGGAAAUAGUAUAAAUAUAUACAUGAGAUACUAGCAAGCUCAAGCUGCAGGGAUCUGCUUCGUAUGUAACUAUGUGAGGUGAAGGACACCUUCAAAUGAUUGUGGGGUUUCCUUUCUAUUUGUUUUCCUUCUGUGCAACCUGCUUUUGGUUGAUUAUCCUUAUUCUAAGCCCACAAAGAUCCUGUUUCAGUACCUGCCCGUCCUGUAUAUUUGUUCUUAAAUGCUGCACCAAAAGUGGACUGUCCAGUGGAACUUGGGGCUACUUCACCCAUGUGACUUCUUUCUCCCUCCACCCAAUAUUGUUUAAGCCAGAUCACUCUAAAAGGUCAGAGUCUUAUGCAGAUGUCGAGACACUUGAGUCACGGUGUUAACUUCUUGCACAAGAGAGUUGGGGUGGGUCUCCUUCACACUCGUUCUUGCGGGUGAGUUUCCGGUAGGGAGAUGCGUCGGAGCAGUUGACUUGUUAACGCUGAACCCAACUGAUGUUGGACUUCAUUGGAAGUUGCCUGUCCAUUAAAGAGCGGAUCCUUCUAAGAGUCCAGUUCUCAGCUGCCUCCCUGGAAAAACGAAGAACACCCCUUACUGUGGAAUGGCAGCAAACACAACGGGAGAA